UUCCUCCAUCAGAUACCUUCCAUGAACACGGCCAGGCUACAACGCAACCCCCGGCUUGUUGUGCGGUGGGGAAAACACAGGUUGGGCUCGGAAGUCGUACAUCUCUUCGCGCCAUGUCUACUGGAAGGGGCAGACGUGCCAGGAUAGACCUACCGCCGGAACUCGAGGACCACGAAGAGACGUCGCAACGUAGUGUCAGGAGAAAGUCUACGAGACGACGUCGGAACUACAAGAAUGGUCCAGACUCGAAGAACAGCUGGGUUGUCGCCCUGGCGUGCGCUGGGGUUAACGUGUUCAUGCACGCGUCCAGCAAGGUGGUCGGAGUGCUGUUCAUCGGAAUGCUGGCGGAGUUCUCGACUAGUCGGGAAGUGGCUUCCUGGCCCUUGGUGCUCAAUAAUAUGCUGCUUAAUCUUGCAGCUCCAGCUUUCGGGUUCCUGUCCCAGUUCUUUCCCAUUCGCAACAUCAUCCUGGCGUCAUCAGCGCUUUCAUCGGUGUCCGUAGCUCUGUGCUUCGUGGCCAGUGACGUGUUCUACGUGUCCUUGCUUUUCGGUGUUAUUCACGGCGUAGCAACGUGCGGGGCCGUGCUAAUGACUCAAGUCUGCAUCAACCAACACUUUGUCCGUCGCCGAGGCACAGCCGCGGGCAUCGUGUCUGCCAUCUCGAGCAUCAACUCGCUAUUGUUCCCUCCUUUGUGCGAAUUCUGGAUGAGCUACUACGGCCUCCAGUGGACGUUUCUUCUCCUAGGUGCCUGUAUCAUGAACGCCAUGGCAUUCGCCAUAUUAGUUCGGUCCCCCAGCUGGUUAAUCACCAAGCCUUCGGAACUGAGCCGGCGUCGAAAGAGCAUCUUCGUCAAGGCCAACGUGGCAGAUAAGGGGCUCGCGAGCUGGAUCACGCAUUUUACCGAGGAGAACAGUGAUGACUCUUCGGACGAAGACGAGAACAUUGGAAUGACGAAGCACCUUUCGAGCUCGGUGCGCUAUUUCUUCAGUGAAGGGGGUGGCAUCACAACAUCCGGAAGUACGUCGAGCCUUCAGGUGGCUCCCACGGUGCCCGUGAUCCAUCGCACGAGCAUAGCCCCUGUCACAUUGUCACGAAAGGACUCGGAGCAAUUGCUUUAUAAUAAGAGCGGCGAAGUUCUUCCCAAAAGAGUGGUAGAGUGCAGAAGGUCUGACCCGACCCCUGCAGGCAGCAGAGGUUCAAGUCGCAGUCCGCCAAUGGCGAGCACGCUUUUGGUGACGGAACAUCGUCUACCCACGACGAAACAAGUUCAAGUUGCGGGUGACAGCAGAGUAACUGUCGUGCCAGUGCUUUCGAUACCUACCGGAUACACUCUGUGUCAACCUCUGGAGCAUUCCAAAGGGUCAAAGACACACGCAAAGCAAUUCCAGUUACGCAAGGACGACUCUCUUGACGAGGGCUACUACAAGAAUGAGAAGGCGUGGAAAGUCACAAAGUCCUUUUUGACCAUAUCCUUCUGGCAUUUAACGCUAUCCCAAUUUCUCGUCCAAUUUGGCUUGGGCGUCUUUGUGAUGACCAUAAUCGACUACGCCAAGGACUGUGGCAUCGAACCAAAAGACGCGGUCUUCUUCAUGACCACCUUCUGCGUGGGAGACAUGCUUGCUCGUCUGGUAGCUGGAGUGGUCACGGACCGUGGGGCAGUUCAUAUCCAGUUGCUCGUGGCCGUCGCCUACGCGCUGCAAGGGGCCUCGUACGAACUCAUGUGCUACAUGAGGACCUACGUGUCCUUGUUGCUGCUUACGCUCGUCAUUGGGGUCAGUCAUGGCUGCAGAAUCUUCAUGCUCCCCAUAUUUUUGACCCGGAGCUUCGGACUGAGAGGGCUAUCCAUCAACCUCAGCGUCGCCACCUGUAUCUGUGGCUUGUUAAGCAUGGUCCGACCUUUUCUCAUAGGAUAUUAUAGGGACGAACAGGGGACCUACAGAGGUCUGUAUCAUAUCAUCUGCAUUGUGAACUGCGCUGUAGGCGUGUCCUGGUUCAUCAAAAUCUUUCUGAUGAGAAAGCGCGACAGACUCCAGCUUCAAGGCAUUUAGCACCGGUGGACGUCCGAACGGAACUCUACGAGGAUGUCCACAGCAUCUGUAGCGGAACUCUUCUGACAUUUUGUGCACGUUCACGGGACAUUAGCGUCCUUGCCUGUGAUACAUAUUCAGAUGCAGUGGUGCGUGAACGCUAACCGAAGUUCUAUGUCGUGAACUUUUUUUAUAUUGCGAACUUUUCUUUUGCCUGAAGGACCAGCACAGGUCUUUUUUUACAAUCUGUAUAGGAGGUCCCGCAAACAUGUUCUACAGAGCGAAUCGACAGCUUAAACAAUAUUUUCCGGUACACUGAAGGCCGGUUUCAACAACGCCGAUUAAGAACCGAGAUCAACGGUCGCUUAACUUGAAUUUAACGCUUAACUGUGCUUCACAAAAGGAAGUUAUGGUCACUGAAACAUUCAUCACGUCACCAACUAA